CAGAGGCAAUACAAAAAUGGGAAGUUUAUCUUGGCCCACAGCUACUUUCAUAACUGUUGUUGCUACUGUUUAUUUGGAAGCAAAAACGACUCAACCAGCAAAGUACACUAAAAAAGUGUAUAAUAUGGAAGCUUUUGAGACCUCACUUGCACCACCGACGGAAGAGACUGUUUUCACCGAAUUAUCUGAGACAAGUGACACCACUACGGAGCUGGCCACUUUGAACCCUGAUUUCAGAACUGGCACCACCCUGUACCCUUUUGACAAUUUCACUCUUGAAACAUCUGAUUUCUUCUUUAACUGUUGCGAUUGUUGUACACCUUUGCCUGGGCCAAAAGGGGAACCCGGACCUCCAGGACUUCCAGGUCCCAAGGGAGACACUGGAGACAUGGGUUUGCCAGGACCACAUGGAGCCAUUGGUCCCCCGGGCCAUAAGGGCUAUAAAGGAGACAAAGGUGAGAAAGGUGAACACGGUGACCAAGGAGCCAGUGGAAUUCCCGGAUUCCCAGGAAAGCCAGGAGAAGCAGGUGAGAUUGGACCCAAAGGCGAAAAAGGAAAUAUUGGACUUGCUGGUAUAAAAGGACAAAAAGGAAGCAAAGGAGAUCUAUGUGAAAAUGGCACAAAAGGGGAUAGGGGUGAAAAGGGAGAGGAAGGCCUAAAUGGCAUUGAUGGGGAAAAGGGGGACAAGGGUGAAAAAGGGGAUUUGGGAGAUAAAGGUAAUGUUGGGGAAACUGGAGAAAAAGGAGAUAUAGGAGAGACUGGGGAAAGGGGAUUGAAGGGAGACAAAGGGAUUAAAGGUGAUGCAGGGCUAAAUGGUAUGAAUGGCUUACAAGGAGAAUUUGGAGAAAAGGGGGACCCAGGACAGAAGGGGGAUAAAGGUGAGAUUGGGACUCCUGGUUUCAUUGGUCCAUCUGGCCCAAAGGGAAACUCUGGCAUGAAAGGGGUUAGAGGCCUUCCAGGGAAAAAAGGUUCCAGAGGCCUCAAAGGAUCUAAAGGUGAUAAUCACAAACCCAUAAAGUCUGCUUUCACUGUGGGUCUAUCAAAGCCUUUCCCUGCCCCUAAUGCUCCAGUAAAGUUCGAUAGAAUAUUGUACAAUGAACAAGAUGAGUACAACCCCUUGACUGGUAAAUUCAACUGCACCAUUCCAGGAACCUAUGUGUUUGCGUUCCAUGUGACAGUCAGGGGGCGUCCAGCUAGGAUUAGUAUUGUCGCUCAAAAUAAAAAGAUGUUUAAGAGCCGUGAAACUCUGUAUGGCCAGGAGAUAGACCAGGCUUCAGCAAUGCUGGUCCUUAGGCUAAAUGCUGGCGACCAAGUUUGGUUAGAGGUUUCCCGAGACUGGAAUGGUAUUUAUGUGAGUAAUGAUGAUGACAGCAUAUUUACUGGAUUUUUACUGUACCCAGAUCAUACUGUUGAAACACAAUUGUAAGAAUAAGAAUUCUAACUAGACUCUUAGAUUUAGUGUCUGUUUAUAAAAACAUGA